GAGCCGGGCGGCACGCCGGUCAUUGCCCUGCGGGCGCAGGACCCCGACGAGGGGGAGGCGGGCCGGCUGGCGUACUCCAUGGAGGCGCUUUUUGAUGAGCGCUCCAACGACUACUUCUCCAUUGACCCGGAGACGGGCAGUGUGGCCACCACCCGCAGCCUGGACCGGGAAACCAAGGACACCCACGUGCUGAAAGUGACGGCGGCCGACCACGGGUCCCCCCGGCGCCGCUCGGCCACCACCUACUUGACCGUGACUGUGAGUGACACUAAUGACCACGAGCCGGUGUUUGAGCAGCCUGAGUAUCGGGAGAGCAUCAGGGAGAACCUGGAGGUGGGUUAUGAGGUGCUGACCAUCCGUGCUACGGACGGCGAUGCUCCAGCCAAUGCCAACAUGCUUUACCGCUUGCUUGAGCCAGGUGCUGGGGACAGUGUCUUUGAGAUAGACCCGCGCUCUGGCGUAGUGAGGACCCGUGCCCUCAUAGACCGUGAGGAGGUCUCCGAGUACCAUCUGGUGGUGGAAGCUAAUGACCAGGGCAAGGACCCGGGUCCUCGGAGUGCUACAGCGAUGGUACACAUCACCGUGGAGGAUGAGAAUGACAACUACCCACAGUUCAGUGAGAAGCGCUAUUUGGUACAGGUGCCAGAGGAUGCCCCAGUGAACACACAGAUCCUGCAGGUGCAAGCAACAGAUAGGGACCGGGGCAGCAAUGCCCAAGUGCACUACAGCAUUGUGAGUGGCAACCUCAAAGGCCAGUUCUACAUCCACUCUUUCUCUGGCGCUAUCGACCUGAUCAACCCUCUGGAUUAUGAGACCAUCCGUGAAUACACGCUGAGGAUCAAAGCCCAGGAUGGGGGCAGACCUCCCUUAAUCAACUCCAGUGGGAUGGUGUCAGUGCAAGUGGUGGAUGUGAAUGAUAAUGCCCCCAUCUUUGUCAGCACCCCCUUUCAAGCGACUGUGCUGGAGAAUGUACCCUUGGGCUACUCUGUGCUACACAUUCAGGCAGUGGAUGCUGACUCUGGGGACAAUGCCCGCCUGGAGUACAGACUUGUGGACUUGAACCCCACUCCUGGGGGAGUAUCUGUAGGGGGGGCUGCUGGGUUCCCCUUCCAGAUCAACAACAGCACUGGGUGGAUCACAGUAUCAGCUGAGCUGGACAGAGAGACUGUGGAGAACUAUCACUUUGGGGUGGAGGCCAGGGACCAUGGAGUUCCUGUCAUGACUUCCUCAGCCAGUGUGGCUAUCACAGUUCUGGAUGUCAAUGACAACAACCCUACCUUCACCGAGAAAGUCUAUCACCUCAGGCUGAACGAGGAUGCAGCAGUGGGCAGCAGUGUCCUGACACUGACUGCAGUGGACAGAGAUGUCAACAGUGUGGUGACUUAUCAGAUCACAAGUGGCAAUACCAGGAACCGUUUUGCAAUCACCAGCCAGAGUGGGGGUGGGCUGAUCACUUUGUCCUUGCCCCUGGAUUACAAACAGGAGAGGCAGUAUGUGCUGACUGUCACUGCUUCAGAUGGUACACGCUUUGACACCGUCCAGGUCUUUAUCAAUGUCACGGAUGCUAACACACACCGCCCAGUCUUCCAGAGCUCCCAUUACACAGUGAGUGUCAGUGAGGACAAGCCUAUUGGCACAUCUAUUGUGUCUAUUAGUGCCACUGAUGAAGACACGGGGGAAAAUGCUAGGAUAACAUACAUUUUGGAGGAUAACAUCCCCCAAUUCCGCAUUGACCCAGACGCAGGCACUAUCACCACCCUGAUGGAACUGGACUAUGAGGACCAGGCCUCUUACACAUUGGCAAUUACAGCCCGAGACAACGGGAUCCCUCAGAAAUCUGAUACCACCUACGUUGAGAUUCUUAUCUUGGAUGCCAAUGACAAUGUGCCCCGCUUCCUUCGUGACCGGUACCAGGGCUCAGUCUUUGAGGAUGUGCCACUCUCCACCAGUGUUUUGCAGCUGUCUGCCACUGACCGGGACUCAGGCCUCAAUGGCCGCCUCCUUUAUACCUUCCAGGGUGGUGAUGAUGGAGAUGGAGACUUUUACAUUGAGCCGACUUCUGGCGUGAUACGCACCCAGCGCAAGCUGGAUCGUGAGAAUGUGGCUGUCUACAGCCUGCGAGCCUUUGCUGUGGACAGAGGCAGCCCACCCCUUAAAGCCUCUGUCGAUGUUCAGGUUACUGUACUAGACAUUAAUGACAAUCCACCUGUCUUUGAACAGGAUGAAUUUGACAUCUUUGUGGAAGAAAACAGCCCUGUGGGGUCCAUUGUGGCCCGGAUCAGUGCAGCUGACCCAGAUGAAGGAACCAAUGCACAAAUCAUGUACCAGAUUGUUGAGGGUAACAUCCCUGAGGUCUUCCAGCUUGACCUCCUCAAUGGAGACCUCACUGCCCUGAUGGAUCUGGAUUAUGAGAGCCGGACUGAGUAUGUGAUUGUGGUGCAAGCCACUUCAGCCCCCCUUGUCAGCCGAGCCACUGUGCACAUUCGUCUCCUAGAUCAGAAUGAUAACCCACCUGUGCUACAGGACUUCCAGAUCCUCUUCAACAACUAUGUGACCAACAAAUCUAACAGCUUUCCCUCUGGGGUGAUUGGCAAGAUCCCAGCCCAUGAUCCUGAUGUGUCUGACAGCCUCGUCUACACCUUUGUGCAGGGCAAUGAGUUAAACCUGUUGAUUCUGGACCCUGCCACUGGGGAACUUAAGCUCAGUCGAGAUCUGGACAACAACAGACCCCUGGAAGCCCUCAUGAAAGUGUCAGUCUCAGAUGGUGUUCACAGUGUUACAGCUCUCUGCACCCUGCGGGUGACUAUCAUAACUGAUGACAUGCUGACCAACAGUAUCACAGUGCGACUGGAAAACAUGUCUCAGGAAAAGUUUCUCUCCCCACUACUCUCUCUCUUUGUGGAGGGUGUGGCAACAGUGCUCUCUACUACCAAGGAUGGCAUCUUCGUCUUUAACAUUCAAAAUGACACUGAUGUCAGCUCCAAUAUCCUGAAUGUAACAUUCUCUGCGUUGCUUCCUGGUGGCAUUCGAAACAAAUUCUUUCCCUCUGAGGACCUCCAAGAACAGAUCUACCUCAACCGGACACUGCUAACCAUGAUCUCUACACAGAGGGUCCUGCCUUUCGAUGACAAUAUCUGUCUGCGAGAGCCUUGUGAGAACUACAUGAAGUGUGUGUCUGUGCUGAAGUUUGACAGCUCCGCUCCAUUUAUUAGUUCAAACACUGUCUUGUUCCGACCUAUCCAUCCCAUCAAUGGGCUGAGGUGUCGGUGCCCUCCUGGAUUUACUGGUGACUAUUGUGAAACGGAGAUUGACCUCUGCUACUCCAGUCCUUGUGGCAAUAAUGGGCUUUGUCGAAGCCGAGAAGGAGGCUACACUUGUGAAUGUUAUGAGGACUACACUGGAGAGUACUGUGAAGUGAAUGCUCGCUCAGGCCGCUGCGCACCAGGAGUAUGUAAAAACGGAGGAACCUGUGUUAACCUGCUGGUAGGAGGUUUCAAAUGCGAGUGCCCUCCAGGAGAGUACGAAAGACCUUACUGUGAAAUGACAACAAGAAGCUUCCCCCCCCAGUCAUUCGUUACCUUCAAGGGGUUAAGGCAGCGCUUCCAUUUCACAGUCUCCCUCAUGUUUGCAACCAGAGAAAGAAAUGCUCUUCUUCUUUACAAUGGCCGUUUUAAUGAAAAGCAUGACUUUAUUGCCCUAGAGAUCAUUGAAGAGCAGAUCCAACUAACAUUCUCUGCAGGGGAGACCUCUACCACAGUUUCACCAUUUGUCCUAGGAGGAGUCAGUGAUGGACAGUGGCACUCUGUUCAGGUGCAAUACUACAACAAGCCUAACAUUGGAAGAUUAGGAAUUCCUCAUGGGCCUUCUGGAGAAAAGGUGGCAGUAGUGACAGUGGAUGACUGUGACACUGCGGUGGCUGUGCGCUUUGGAAGUCUCAUUGGCAACUACACAUGUGCUGCACAAGGGACUCAGACUGGCUCAAAAAAGUCUUUGGACCUCACUGGCCCUCUCCUUCUUGGGGGUGUCCCAAACCUACCAGAAGAUUUUCCUGUUCAUAACAGACAGUUUGUUGGCUGCAUGAGGAACCUCUCCAUUGACAGCAAGCCAAUCGACAUGGCUGGUUUCAUAGCCAAUAACGGCACUCUGCCAGGCUGUGCAGCUCAGAAGAACUACUGUGAGAGUAGCUGGUGUCAGAAUGGGGGAACAUGUGUGAAUAAAUGGAAUACCUAUGCUUGUGAGUGCCCUCUGCGAUAUGGUGGGAAAAACUGUGAGCAAGUAAUGCCUUCUCCCCAGCGUUUCAGUGGUGAGAGCAUUAUCAUUUGGAGUGACCUUGAUAUUACUAUUUCUGUACCGUGGUACAUUGGACUUAUGUUCAGGACCCGAAAAGUUAAUGGCAUGUUAAUGCAAGCUAAUGCAGGAACUGCAUCCAAAAUCAACAUCCAGAUACUGAACAACUAUGUACAAUUUGACGUGUACAAUGGCCUGAAUCAGGUUGCUAGUUUGAAAAUGAUGCAGUCACGAGUCAGUGAUGGUGAAUGGCAUCAUUUGUUAAUAGAGCUGAAGAGCGCUAAAGAUGGAAAAGACAUCAAGUACCUGGCAGUCAUGUCUUUGGACUAUGGGAUGUACCAGAGUACAGUGCAAAUUGGAAAUCAGCUGCCUGGACUAAAAAUGAAAAGCAUUGUUGUCGGAGGUAUCUCGGGAGAUCAAGUAUCUGUGCAGCAGGGCUUUUAUGGCUGUAUGCAGGGUGUAAGAAUGGGGGAGACAUCUACAAAUGUGGCUACACUGAAUAUGAAACAGGCAGUGAAGAUCAAUGUAAAGGAAGGCUGUGAAGUAGACAACCCUUGUGAUUCCAAUCCGUGUCCCCAACACAGCUACUGCAGUGAUGACUGGGAUAGCUAUUCCUGUAUCUGCGACCCAGGGUACUUUGGGAGGGACUGUGUUGACGUAUGUAACCUGAACCCAUGUGAGCAUGUCUCCACCUGUGUCCAUAAACCCAGCUCAUCCCACGGUUACACCUGUGAAUGUGGACAAAGCUAUUAUGGGCAGUACUGUGAGAACAAAAUUGACUUGCCUUGCCCCCGAGGAUGGUGGGGGAAUCCUAUUUGUGGUCCAUGUAACUGCGAGACCAAUAAGGGAUUUGAUCCUGACUGCAAUAAGACAAACGGAGAGUGCCACUGUAAGGCAAACUACUAUAGGCCACAGAGCAGUGACACUUGCUAUCCAUGUGAUUGCUUCCCUUCUGGCUCCUAUACACGCUCUUGUGACAUGGAGACAGGACAGUGUCCCUGUAAACCUGGAGUGAUUGGGCGACAGUGCAACCGCUGUGACAAUCCCUUCGCUGAGGUUACCAUGAGGGGCUGUGAAGUGAUUUAUAAUGGAUGUCCCAAAGCAUUUGAAGCUGGCAUUUGGUGGCCUCAGACUAAGUUUGGACAGCCAGCUGCUGUGCCAUGUCCCAAGGGUUCAAUGGGGAAUGCAGUUCGGCACUGUAACAGUGAGAAAGGCUGGCUGCCUCCUGAGCUAUUUAACUGCACCACCAUUAGCUUUGUGGAUCUUAAACUCAUGAAUGAAAAGUUACAUCGCAAUGAGACCAUAAUGGAUGGAGACAAGUCUAUACAUAUCACAAAAGUGCUGCAGAAUGCCACCAAAUACACAAACUUUUUGUAUGGGAAUGAUGUGAGGACAGCAUACCAGAUGAUGAUCAGAGUCCUGCAGUAUGAGAGUCAGCAGCAAGGGUUUGACUUGGCUGCAACAAGGGAUGUGGAAUUCAAUGAAAAUAUCGUAAAAGUGGGUAGUGCCCUCCUGGACGCCAGCAACAAGGGACUCUGGGAACAAAUUCAAAGAACGGAGGGUGGCACAGCUCACCUGCUGAAACAUUAUGAGGAAUAUUUUAGCAACGUGGCACAAAACAUGAAGAAAACCUACCUGAAACCUUUUGUUAUUGUUGCUGCAAAUAUGAUUAUUGCUGUUGACAUCUUUGACAAGUCUAAUUUUACGGGAGCUAAAGUGCCACAGUUUGAUGAGAUUAAAGAAGAUUAUCCUAAAGAUUUGGAGUCAUCCGUUUUGUUCCCUGAUGCUUUGUUCAAACCUUCAGAAAGAAAAGUUCCCACACUGAAGCCUUCGAACCAAAAAUUAUCUAAGAUGGGUAGUAGCAUCUUAAACACUGAGAAUGAACUUACAAAGAGAAGGAAGCGACACCCAACUGAGUCAAAUGACUAUGCUGUGGCUGUAGUGAUUAUUUCCCGAGCCCUAGGACAACUUUUACCUGAGAACUAUGAUCCUGACCGAAGAAGCUUAAGGUUACCAAACCGACCCAUUAUUAACACACCUGUAGUGAGUACUACCAUUCAUGAUGAUGGGGAGCCUCUAUCAAACCUGCUGGAAAAGCCCAUUAUACUGGAAUAUGCCAUGCUCGAAACAGAGGAAAGAACUAAGCCAGUCUGUGUAUUCUGGAACCACUCAAUUGCAAUUGGCAUGACAGGAGGCUGGUCCUCCAAGGGAUGUGAACUUUAUUCCAGAAAUCAGAGCCAUAUUGCUUGCCAGUGCAAUCACAUGACCAGCUUUGCUGUCUUAAUGGACAUUUCAAAGCGAGAGAAUGGCGAGGUGCUUCCUCUAAAGAUAGUCACUUACACGACUGUAUCCAUCUCACUGGUGGCUUUGUUGAUGACGUUUAUACUGCUGGCUCUGAUCCGGACACUGCACUCAAACUUGCAUAGCAUUCACAAAAAUCUGGUGGCAGCUCUUUUCUUCUCUGAAUUGGUCUUCCUUAUUGGAAUCAACCAGACGGAAAACCCGUUUGUGUGCACCGUGAUAGCCAUCCUCCUGCACUACUUCUACAUGAGCACCUUUGCCUGGAUGUUUGUGGAGCAACUUCACAUCUACCGCAUGCUGACUGAAGUGAGGAACAUCAAUUUCGGACAUAUGAGGUUCUACUACGUUGUGGGUUGGGGGAUUCCUGCCAUUAUAACAGGACUUGCUGUGGGCCUGGAUCCAGAGGGAUAUGGGAACCCUGAUUUCUGCUGGCUCUCUGUUCAUGAUACCCUUAUUUGGAGUUUUGCAGGGCCCAUUGUGAUUGUUGUAGUAAUAAAUACUGUCAUCUUUAUACUAGCAGUGAAAGCGUCCUGCAGAAGAAGGCAACGUUCAUUUGAAAAAACAGGAGUUGCCUCUGUGCUGCGAACUGCUUUCCUCCUCUUGCUGCUGAUCAGUGCCACAUGGUUACUGGGGCUGAUGGCAGUGAACAGUGAUGUCAUGACAUUUCACUAUCUCUUUGCUAUCUUCAGCUGCUUGCAGGGACUUUUCAUUUUCUUCUUCCACUGUAUAUUUAACAAAGAAGUCAGAAAGCACUUGAAGAAUACUUUAACUGGAAAGAAACCUCUUCCAGACGACUCUACUGCAACAAGAGCUACAUUAUUAACUCGUUCUCUGAACUGUAACAACACAUAUAUAGAGGAACCAAAUAUGUAUCGUACAACUAUUGGGGAAUCCACGGUCUCCCUAGAAAGCACCGUCAGGUCAGCCAAGAGCCACAAUAGCUACCUUGCUUAUAUUCUCAGGGAUGAAGCUGCUCAUAAGCUCAGUGGGUCUUCAAGUCAAGCAAGAGCUGGUCAUACAGAAGUAGAUUCUUCCAUUUUUCAUAGGAAUCCAUCCAAAUCCAAUGAACAUGAUUCUGAUUCUGACAGUGAGCUAUCUCUUGAUGAACAUAGCAGUUCCUAUGCCUCCUCCCAUUCAUCAGACAGCGAGGAAGAUGGGAUUCAAACAGCAAAGAAAUGGAACACAGCUACUUCAAAAAAUAAUGAACGUGGCCCUCUUCACAGUACUCCCAAAGUUGAUUCCAUACCCAACCAUGUGAAACCAUAUUGGCCCACAGAGUGUAUAACAGGAAGCGAUGGGGAGGACCCUGGUGGCAAACAAAAACUGAAAGUGGAGACAAAGGUCAAUGUGGAGCUACAUGGGGAAAACCAAGCGAAUCACAGCAGUGAAGCACCGCAAGACAAAGAGAAUGAAGGGCAGCAGAAAGAAAACAGGCCUUUGCCCCACCAGAAUAACCAGCAGCCAGAACAGAGGAAAGGCAUCUUAAAAAAUAAAGUCUCCUACCCUCCCCCUCUGCUGGACAAGAACAUGAAGAAUCGACUACGGGAAAAGUUGUCAGAUUAUAAUCAAGCCACAAUCUCAUCCAGGACUAUGUCCUUAGGGACAAAUGAUGGGAUGCGUUCACCCUCAGACACAGGGGUGACGAUAAAAAAUCCACGGAGAGAACAGUCUUGUGAUCAGCUCAAUGGGACGGCUAUGAACGUCCACGUGGGAACAGUAAAUGCAGAGACCUCAGAUUCUGAAGGCAGUAAUGAAACUUCAAUUUGAAUCAUCAGGAAACUGUGAUGAUGGUUGCAUCCUGGGAAUACUUGCUGUGAUGUCACUUCCUUGGUACCUCGAAUUUCACAGAAAUUGCUGCAUGGCAAGGAUGAGGAUGGUAUCACUUCCUUUGCUGUGACAUAUUUUGGCAGACUUCUGACUGUACGUAAAAGAAAAAUCAUGCCCAGGACAUGCAUGAUGAAGCCACGUUGUGGUACAUUCUGCCGUGUGUGAAUAUGUGAACUGUGCCAAAAUGCAUGGAGAUGAGUAACAGGGAUUCUUUAUAGUGGAUGGAUAACUCAUAAGUCCAGAAAAGAAAAAUAGCAGUGCUUGCAGGGACUGCUCAUCUGUACAGCCUAUGCUAAUGAUUUUCACAGAAACCAUCUCUAUUCCAGUGGGCUACUGUUCCAGGAUAGUUAAAUCAGGAAGUCAAACCACAUCAGCCUUAAGGCAAGCACUAGGAGGUGCCUCUUUUUCUUUUUCAGUAUGAACCUUAUGGCUUGCUGAACUCUAGAGAGAGAAAUAUCACACCAAGUGCCCUUUAGCAUCUUUGCCAGCAUUUUACCAGCCUUUAUGGAUGCAUUGUCUUAAAAAAUGUCCUUUUAUAUAUAUAUAUAUAUAUAUAUUAAAAAAAAUGUAGAUACUUUUAUAUAUUUUGUAUGGUGACUCUAAAGAAAAUGUUCCAUUGUAUAUUUUACAUUUAUACUCAUCUUCUUAAUUUGAUAGUAGGAAAUCAAUGGAAAGAGUUUUUGAUAUUUUUAUAUGAAAAAAAUUGCACAAUUGUACUUGAAUUUGGCAUCUGACAGUGUACUUAUCUUUUGCAUGAAACCACCCUAAGAUGUGAUUCAGUUUCAAAAAUAGUACAGUGAAAAGGUUGAAUCUAAAUUGAUAAGUAUAAUUUAUAGGCUUCUAUUGCCAGAAUUUUUAAUAUUUUAAAGGAAACUAUGUAUUUUUAUAACCUUUACUAAAAGGAACAAAAAGGUUUCUUGUUUUUAUGGCCUUUUCUCUCACAUUGUUAUCUGAGCACACAAAAAUAUUCAGAAAUUAAAUUUUACAACUGAAAAUUCAAGUCAUAUCUUCAGUCAAUUGAAGAUUUCAGAACAGCUCUUGCAGGAGAGAGAUCAAAUUGACAAAUUACAAUGUUGCCCUAUUUAAAAUAAUAAAGCUUGUGUAAUUUUACAUGCUGGUCACCUAUUGACUUUCCUUUUCAUCACGUUUCUCUUGCUAAGCAACAAACCAGGGCCUUUUUCUGAGGACAAAUUUGUACAUUUCCCUCAUUGGACAAAACUGGUGUGAAACUUGCUGCUUUGUUUCCCUUCUUUAUUUUUUUUCCACCUCAAGUCAGCAUUUUGCUAAACAAAGCAGACUCUUAAGUUUUUCAGUUUCAUUUCUCAACUGUUUGACAAAUUCUUGACUAUCCUGACAUUCUGCACUUGCAUACAUACGCGCACGCACACGCACACAAUGCACACACACACACACACACAGUGAUUUAACGUUUUAUCCAAAGUGAGCAGAGUUUCACAAGUGUAAGAAAAAUAAGUGUGUUAAGUCAACCAACCUCAUCUUUUGGCAGUGUUUACAAAAACAAAGAUGUGAAAAUGUUCGUGUCCACAGCAAAGUUUUAGAGAAAAGCUUGUUAGCAAUUUGUUUUGGCUUGAAUAUCUGACUCAGAAUGACUUCUCAGAAUUAUUCUUGUGAAAAAAAACAUUUGUUAUCUACCUUUUCUAGUGGUUAGUAGUUCAUGUUAUAACAAUUUUUCAUAGCUACCAUUUUGAAAGGAUAUUGGCUCUCCCUUUGUAUGAAUGUGCAAGUGAGAAAGAACAAGCAGAAUCAAUAUAUCAGGAUGAAUAAAACACAUCAAGUUAGCUAAAAUUCAAUAAAGUAUAUAGCAGUCUUGAUUCUGUUGUAUUUUUCUACAUGUUAAGGUGUACUUAAGAGGCCUUUGGAAGGGGGAGAAGCAUGCUAUCUCAAAAUUAUGCAACAUACUGUGUGAAAUUUUCUGAUUGAAAAUUGUUUUGAAUGUUUCUGUCUGACCAUCACCCCAGCAAAGCGCUUGGACAUACUGUAUAAUCCGUGUUACAGUCAUUUUGCAUCUGUGUAUGUAUAUUUUGUCCCAGUGAGAUGUAGUUAGUUUUUACUUUGAUCAGAACUCUUGCAGUAAAUAAGUGUCAGUUGUAUUAAUGACAGAAAUUUAAAACCUAUUUUUAUGACUUUUUAAAAACUUUAUGGCAGAUUAGACACUGGAGGUUUUUUUAACAAAUGUGUAUUUAUUAAUGUGCAGACACUGGAAAUGCAGCACAGAUGAAAGGAGAAUUUACAAUAAAUUAAGAUUUUGAAUUUGUA